AUGCAGCUAGCCAUGGCUGCCCAAGACGAGCAGCAGCGGCCGCUGCACAUCCUCUUCUUCCCGUUCCUAGCCCCCGGCCACCUCAUUCCAAUAGCCGACAUGGCCGCGCUCUUCGCCGCCCGUGGUGUCAGGUGCACCAUCCUCACAACGCCCGUCAACGCAGCCAUCAUCCGCUCGGCCGUCGACCGUGCCAAUGACGCUCUCGCUGGCCCGGCCAUUGAUAUCUCCGUCGUGCCGUUUCCUGACGUCGGGCUCCCGCCGGGCGUCGAGAACGGCAUGGCCCUUAGAUCCCAGGGCGACCGCGACAAGUUCGCUCGAGCGGUGCAGCUGCUCCGCGAGCCCUUCGAACACUUCUUGGUUCACAACCACCCCGACGCGGUCGUGGCCGGCAGCUACUUCCACUGGUCCGCCGACGCUGCCGCGGAGCACGGUGUCCCACGCCUCACCUUCCUCGGUAGCAGCAUGUUCGCGCGGUCCUGCAGCGAGAGCAUGCUGCGCAACAACCCAUUGGCUACUGUCCCCGACGACCCCGACGCGCUCGUUUCCCUGCCGGGGCUGCCGCACCGUGUCGAGCUGAGGCGGAGCCAAGUGAUGGACCCCGUGAAGCAGGCAGACCACUGGGCAUUCUUCCAGAGCGUGAACGCCGCGGACCAGAGGAGCUUCGGCGAGGUUUUUAAUAGCUUCCAUGAGCUGGAGCCGGACUACGUCGAGCACUACCACACGACCCUUGGUCGGCGCGCGUGGCUCGUCGGGCCGGUAGCACUCGCCAGCAAGGACAUGGCUGGGAGAGGCACCGACGCGCUCUCACCGGACUCGGACAACUGCCCUGGGUGGCUGAACACGAAGCCUGCUGGCUCGGUGGUGUACGUCUCCUUCGGCACACUGAUCAGGUUCUCGCCGCCGGAGCUGCACCAGCUCGCCCGCGGCCUCGAACUCUCAGGCAGAAAUUUCAUGUGGGUGACGGGCGCCGCAGGCCCGGACCCUUCAGAGUGGAUGCCUGAAGGCUUCACCGAGCUGAUGGCACGCGGCGACCGCGGGUUCAUCAUCCGAGGCUGGGCGCCACAGCUGCUCAUUCUGAACCAAAGUUUUAAAUAG